UUCGCGUUCGCGACCCAACACCCAAUCUUGACCCCUCCAGUUUUUACUCCUCUCUCUCUCUCUUUCCUGAAAACAGCAAACACGGUUCCUUUCUUCUAAAUCACACCUUACAACUUCCCUCCCAAACCAAGCACACGCCGUCUAAACUCCGCUCAACUCCAUCUCCUUUCCUUCCAAUUCUUAUAAAGAUUACUGAACAGAUUGCCGGAGACGAUGGCUCACCACCAACACCACCACCAUCGAAGCCUUUUCCCUCAAUCGAGGAAAGCCCAGGAAGAGGAGGGCCAGCCCGAGCCCGACAACUUCAAAGUCCUCCCCAUCUCCGUUGCAGAGCACUGGCUAGCUCGCAAGCCUAGGUCAAGCCUCCUCCGCCUCCUCUUCCUCUUCCUCCUCUUCUCCUUCCUCCUCCUCUUCCUCUCCCGCCUCCCCCUCGUCUUCCUCCCCGACCUCCCCAUCCACGAACCCAUUUCCCCUUUACCUUCCACUCAAUUCUGCUCCCCUUCCUCUCCCCUCUGCUGCGAUCGCUCCGCCUUCCGGACAGACAUCUGCUUCCUCAACGGCGACAUACGCACCCGCCCCUCUUCUUUCUCGUUCCUCAUCUUCUCCAACUCUUCCUUCUCCGAGGAGCGCGUGAGGCCCUACACCCGUAAAUGGGAAGCGCCGAUCAUGUCUACAAUCAACGAACUCCGACUCAAUCUCCGACCCGCUAACCUUUCGGCUACCGCCCCAAAAUGUGAUGUCCGACACGGUGUCCCCGCAGUUGUCUUCUCAACCGGAGGCUACACUGGCAACGUGUACCAUGAGUUUAACGAUGGUCUCAUCCCUCUCUACCUCACCUCCCGCCGCUUCAAUCGUCGCGUCAUCUUCCUCAUCCUCGAAUACCAUGAUUGGUGGAUUUCCAAGUACGGCGAUGUCAUCUCCGUCCUCUCCGAUUUUCCCGCAAUUGAUUUCUCCGCGGAGAACCGAACCCACUGCUUUCCGCAGGCCAUCGUCGGCCUCCAAAUUCACGACGAACUCUCCAUUGACGGGAAUCGAACGGCGGGUAACGAAACCAUGGCCGACUUCCGACAAGUCCUCGACGAGGCGUACCGGCCGAGAAUCCGAUCAAUCCUGCAGGAGCAGAAACAGGAAAACGCUAAGCAGGGGAAAUCGGAACAGAGACCGAAGCUGGUUGUUGUAUGCAGAAAUGGGUCCAGAGCAAUAGAGAAUGAGUCGGAACUCGCGGCCAUGGCGGAGGAGGUAGGGUUUCGUGUAGAGCUGCUGAGACCAGAACGGACGACUGAGAUGGCGAAGAUAUACAUGGCUUUGAACUCAUCGGAUGCGAUGAUCGGAGUACACGGGGCGGCCAUGACGCAUUUGCUGUUCAUGAGACCUGGUUCGGUGUUCAUACAGAUUGUGCCGCUGGGAUUGAACUGGGCGGCGGAGACUUACUACGGCCAGCCGGCGGUGAAGGCGAAGCUUCGUUAUGAGAGCUAUAGAAUACUGGUAAGGGAGAGCUCGCUAUCUAGCGAAUAUGACAGGGAUGAUCCUGUGCUGAAGGAUCCAGAUAGCGUGAAUGCGAAGGGAUGGGAGGCGACGAAGAAGGUGUAUUUGGAUGGGCAGAGGGUGAGACUGGAUUUGGUGCGGUUUAGGAAGAGACUUGUUCGGGCUCACCGGUACUUGGUCUCCUUUGGGAAGGACAGGUGACGGAAAUGGGGAAGGUGAUUAGGGUUUAUGUUUUUAUUUUAACGGAUGCAGAAACGAAUGUUAUCGAGGAAAUUUGUGCCAUUCAUUUAAUGUUUAAUAGAAAA